GCAGUGAACGUGCUUUCAAUUCCCGCUCGUUUGCGCCGAUUUGCGCGGAGGUGCAGCCGCGUCAGUGUCAGUGAGCCGCCCAAGUCCUCGACGCCGUCCUCGACGCCCUCCUCGACGCCCUCCUCGGCGCCGACCGCGGGGCCACCCCCGUGCGGCAAGUUGCUGCUCCUCUCGGCGCCGGGCAAGGACGACGUGGUCCCCGAGGCCGUGUCGGAAGUGGAGGCUGUGGUGGUGUCCGAGCCCGCCAGCGUGGCCGGCGUCGAGCCCGGGCCCGGAGCCCCCACCGCCAGCCCGGUCAUCGUGGCCCCGGGCGAGUACAUCUCCCUGCAAGAAGAGCCCGCCGAAGUCGGCAGCCCUCGGGCGCCCUGCAGCGUGACCAUCGACCGGUGGCGCGUGUCCGCGGCGCUGAGCGGCUGGUCCGCGUGCGUGUGGGCGGACGACCCCUGCGUCGGGGACCCUGGCCAGGCGAACGGCGUCACCGUGGCGUCCGACGGCUACCCCUACACCCUGGACGCCGGCAUGGCGGCCGGCCCCUUCGACGACGCCAUCUUCUCGGACUUCGGCCAGUGCGGCGCGGGGACGCUGCUGUCCGGGAGUGGCGGCAAAGACUCACGGGGCCACCACUCCAUCCAGGUCGGCGACAAGGUUAUGCUGUCCGACAUGAUGCUGGGACUGCCCCCCAUGUCGCCGCACCACAUGAACAACAACAAUAGCACCAGCAACAACAACAAAGUGGAAAGUCAACCGCAGCACCACCUCCACGGCCUGCAGGGCCUCCACCACGACCUGUACCACCAGGACUCCCCCGGGCCGGCGGCCUCCGCCUGCAGCGCGGCCUCGGACACCACGCCGCCGGGCCACGGCCACAACAAGGCCUCGGCCAGUGACGGCAGCCUGCUGCAGCCAGUGGCGAGCGAGCAAACCACACCCAAAAAGUCGGAGUCGAAAAGCUCCAAGAGCAAGGCGGACAACAACGGCAUCAAGAAGAAGAAAACAAGGACCACCUUCACGGCCUACCAGUUGGAGGAGCUGGAGCGGGCCUUCGAGCGCGCGCCGUACCCCGACGUGUUCGCCAGGGAGGAGCUCGCCCUCAAGCUCAACCUCAGCGAGUCCCGCGUGCAGGUGUGGUUCCAGAACCGGCGCGCCAAAUGGAGGAAGCGAGAGCCGCCGCGGAAGACCGGCUACCUCGGUUCAGGCACCUCGAGUCCCAGCCUGGGCUCCCCGUUCAGCACCCUGGGCGGCGGCCUCAGCAACGGCCUGUCUUCCUUCCCGCCGGCCGCCCCCGCGCCGCCCCCGCCACCCCACAGCGUGCCGCUGUCCACCGACCCCUGGGCGUCGUACUCACAGUACGACAUCAACCUGCCGUACUCGUCCUCCUUCUCCUCGCCGUCCAGCGCGUCCUCGUACGGCUACGGCAUGCAGGACGUGUUCCGGCCGUCGCACCACGAGUACAUCCAGAUCGGCGGUGACGUGGACGACUCGCGGGACUACCAGUCCCUGCUGGGCGGCCACUCACCGCACCACCUCGGCGGCCCCGCCUACGUGGACGCCGUCGACGACAUGAACGACAAGUACCCGGACGACGACGGCGGCCUCUUGCACCACCAGCACCACCACGGCCACCACGCGGGCGGCACCAAGGACGUGGACCUCGGCGCCGUGUCCUCGACGGCCGCCUCGACGACCACGACCAUCGGGGGGUUCAACGUGAUCAACAGGCCGGGCGCGGCGGGCAGCGCGUCGACGGGCGCGGCCAAGGACCAGGGCAUGGUGAAGGUGGAGACGGACAUGCAGGCCUUCAACCUGCUGCCACCCUUCAUGUCGGACUGACGAUCGUGGGCCCAGAGCCGAAAGGUGUCCCCGCUGUCGGGCACGUCGGGCACGGACAGCUUGUAGCCUCGCGCCAGGCCUCGCGCCCCGCACCACCCUGGCGGACUGGCGCUCCUUGGACGAGUGCCUCGCGUGGCAGCCCUGGUGGCCAUUGCCGCUGUCGGCCAUGGCUGCCGGGAAGGGUGGCAGGGCCAAGCUGAACGUGUGCCAGCUUUCGGCUUUUGGCUGGGCCAUUUAGUGUAGUUAAAUAAAUUCGCCAUGAUAUUAUUGGUUGUUACGGACGGGACGGGACAGCUACCCGGAAGAGAGGGAAAAAUCGCUUUUCUGGGAUGGCGAAGUUUCAUGCCCUUGUUGCACCGAAACAAUAAAGACUGAAGUCUCUAAAACAAACAUCGGCUUCGUAUUUGUUGAACA